UUACAUUUUUUAAUUUCCAUUUUAUUUCUAGAAACCAUCGUCAAAUAUAACUUGGAGAAGAAAUUAAUAAAGUCCAAAUCAAAAUAUUUUCGUUAUAUACACUCCAAAUAAAAAUAGAACUAUGAUAGAAUCAUAGAAACUAAUAAUUCCCCCACACACCUUUAUUUGUUUCUCUCUCACUCAAUUUCAUCCAUAAAGUGGAAAAAAAAUCAAACACACAUAUAUAUAUACACACAACAAAACAAUUGUCUCUUCACCCUCUUCAAACACAAUUAAAUUAUUUUCUCCAUUUUAACUCUCUCUUGCUUCUUAAUUUCAUUUUUUCUUCUUCCAAUUUUUUAUUGGUUAUUAUUUUAUCUAAUUUCCUUCUACCAUGGAAGAAGAAGAAGAACAUGUUCAUAUAAUGAAAGAUUCAAAAUAUGAUGACGUGGAAUCUGAAGUUGAAGAAGAAGCACUUUCACUUUGUGAUCUUCCACUUAAUGAAAAUUCAGAAAGCUUAAACGACAUAAACGACAUGUCGUUUAAGAGAAAUAUUCUUCGUCCAUCGUCAUUAACAGAUUCAACCGAUUUCUUCAGCGGUUUCAGCAGUAGCAGUAGUUCUGAUAUGUGUCCUGCAGACGAUAUCAUUUUCUGUGGAAAAUUAGUUCCGUUUAAAGAAACAGUUAACGACGAUCAUCGCGGCGAAAAUCUCAACGUCGAAUUGAAUAAAUCACGGAUAAUUCGCCGGAGAUCGGAGUCUGUUUCUUCUGUUAUUCGAUCAAACAGUGUCAGCAAUUUCGGUGGUAGUGGUGGUGGUGGCGGUGGUUCUAGCCGCCAAUUGAUGAGGAAUAGUAGAUCUCUUAAUUAUUGUAGAUUGAGAGAAUCUUCUAAUUUCGUGAUAUCGAAGGCACCGGAAGUUGAUCGGAAUUCUUCUGUAAGGAGCGUUGCGUCGUCGGAAGGUGUGGCGAAGAAGGCAAUGAAGCCGCGAUGGUAUUCUCUUAUGUUUGGGAAAAUGAAGGUUCCGCCGGAGAUGGAACUCAAUGAUAUUAAGAAUAGGCAGGUUCGUCGGAAUCCGUCGAAAAGCAUGUUUCCGGCUUCGGAUUCCGGUGAAAAUUUGGAUUUGAAUCGGAGCUCCGGUAAGGUUUCGUGGAAGAUACUGAAAGCAUUGAGUUGUAAGGAUCAUAACAGCGUAGCGGUAACGACGACGUCGUUUUCUUUGCCUCAAGCUUCGUCUUAAGGUGGUGUGCAGGAGUCACGUGAGGAAUAGUGAAGAAUGUUCUUAUUGUCUUGACGAUAUUACCCUUGUGAUUUUGUGCAUGUUUUUGUAUCGCACACCAUUGGUUUGUUGAAAUCAUACCGAGUUAUUGUGAUUUUCAUAAAAAUUAAGUAGUAUUACUGUUAAAUCCAUCUUAAUGCUAAACAUGCACCUAAAUGGUGAUUUGCAUGGCGGGGGUAUUGUGGUCACUGGUGAUUGAAUUACUAUUGUGUUGCUUGAGUAAGAGGAAAACAUAAUAUUGACUUCACGUAGAAGGGUAUUUAUUAUUAUUUAUUUUUGAAAAAAAAAAAAUGAGUAUUUAUUUUGUGUCUUGUGUAUAGCCAAUAAGAGGAUUUGUUUAUUUAAAUUUUUUUAAAUUCGAAGUCACUUUUGUAA